AAAACAACCGGAUGAGAGAGAUUUGGGUAUUUUUUGCAGCGAUGUCCGCGUAUGCAGAUGUUUUAUAGCUCUACUUAGCCGCAGGGACCAUCGUUUCGUGCGGAAGAGGAGUUUCUGCCAAAAAAAGGAAAAGAAAAGCUGGUUGUUGGAUGUUUGCAGCGUUUUAUCGAGUUAAAAAAUAAUUUCAAUUUAAAAUGUGUAACGGAUGUGUGCAAAAAGAGUACCCGGACCGGGGGAACACCUGUCUGGAGAACGGCUCUUACCUGAUGAACUAUGUGGGCUGCGCUAACUGCCAUCAGAGGGACUUUGUGCUGAUCAGCAAUAAAGCCACAGAGGAUGAAGAUGGAGAGGAGAUCGUCACAUAUGACCAUGUUUGCAAAAAUUGUGACCAUGUCAUUGCCAGACAUGAAUACACUUUCUCUGUUGUUGAUGAAUACCAGGAGUACACGAUGCUCUGCAUGCUGUGUGGAAAGGCAGAGGACUCCAUCAGUGUGUUACCAGAUGACCCCAGACAGGCUGCACCUCUCUUCUAGACCUCAAACCUUGAGGUCAUGAUUCACUUUUUAGACCGUGUGUCACCACCACGGACGUGUUGCUGGCUCCUGGUUUCGGGGCUUCAACCCUUUUUUUUUAAAAAGUCCUACAACCAACAUUUUUACGCACAUCUUCAAUUAUAUAAUCAGUAUUUUAAAUCCUUGUCUGUUUAUAGACUACUGUAUGCUGAGAUCAGUUGAGCAGGACAUAUAACUUUGUACUAUCAUUACAACAACAAAUAUUCUGUGUGAAUUGAUGAUGCACUGUAAAUAAACAUUUUUUACUACUACAUUU